AUGUCUUAUUCUUGGGCAAUCAUUAUCUUCGCCGCCCUCCUCGGGAUAACAUCGGGAGCACCCUCAUUACUUCCUCGCCAGGCUGCGACAACACAGUUGACAUUUACAGGCGCGGGGGCUUCUUUCACUGUGAAUGCUCCCAUAGGCGGGGCUGUCUCACUGAACAACACCCUGGCUGUCGACUUCAUCGCUCAAGCAGGCACUGCGAGCUGUUCUUUCGAAGGGGUAGAUGGAGUGAAGCUCACCGUACUUGGAGCAAACUCAGGGGCCACCAUCGCACCGCCUCAAACAAUCGUCCGUGCCAGCUGCCAGUAG